GGUAAACAUUUUAAUCAACGAUAUCCCUUACGAAUGCAUAUGAGAAUACACAUUGAUGAUAAACCUUUUAAUUGUGACGUUUGUGGGAAAGCGUUUAAACGAUCUAGUCAACUAAAGUCACACAUGCGUAUACACAAUUAUGAUAAAAUUUUUACCUGUGGUGUUUGUGGUAAAGGGUUUAUACGAUCCAGUCAAUUACAGACACACAUGAUUAAUCACACUGAUAAUAAUCCUUAUGAUUGCGGGGUAUGUGGUAAACCUUUUAAUCAACGACAGGACUGACGGAGACAUAUGAGAAUACACACUGGUGAUCAACCUUUUAACUGUGAUGUAUGUGGUAAAGAUUUUAAUCAACGACAGAACUUACAGAGACAUAUAAGAAUACACACUGGUGAUAAACCUUUUAACUGUGAUGUAUGCGGUAAAGGUUUUAGUCUUAAACAGCUCUUAAAGUCACACAUGCGUAUACACAAUGAUGAUAAACCUUUUAACUGUGACGUUUGUGGAAAAGAUUUUAGACGACCUAGUCAAUUACAGACACACAUGAUAAAUCACACUGGUAAUAAACCUUAUACGUGUGAUGUAUGUAGUAAAGGUUUUAUUUCUAAGCAGCACUUAAAUUCACACAUGCGUAUACACACUGGAGAUAAACCUUUUAAAUGUGACGUAUGUGAUAAAAGUUUUUGUCAAAAUAUUGUCUUACAGAAACACAUUAGAACUCAUUCUGGUGUCAAACCAUAUAUAUGUGAUGUAUGUAGUAAAGGAUUUAGUCGACGUGAUGCCUUAAAGAGACAUAUGUACAACAAAAAAGCGGACAAGAAGGGCAAAACCAGGAAAAUGACUGACAACAAAAAUACAGCGGGUUCAAUGAAUGUGUCCCUUGGUCAUAAUCCAGAUCAUUUGUUAAAGGGAAACAUGAGAUGCAAUAAUGGGGGUAACAAUUGCACUUGUCAGCUGUGUGGUAAAAGAUUGGAAAGGGAGGAAAAGACAGAGAAUAGGUGUCAAUUGUGUGAUAAAGAAUGGAAAAGACAUGACGAGUCCGAGAAAAGUUGUCAAGUGUGUGGUAAAGGAUGGAAAAGGGAAGAAAAGUCCGAAGAUCAACCUAGUGAAUUACAAGCACAUAUAAUUCGGCAUACUGCUAAUAAACCUUAUAAAUGUGAGGUAUGUGGUAAAGAUUUUAAUCAACGAUAUCACUUACGGAUGCAUAUGAGAAUACACACUGGUGAUGAACCUUUUAACUGUGAUGUAUGUGGUAAAGGUUUUAGUCUUAAACAACACUUAAAGUCACACAUGCGUAUACACAAUGAUGAUAAACCUUUUAAUUGUGACGUUUGUGGGAAAGCGUUCAAACGAUCUUGUCAAUUAAAGUCACACAUGCGUAUACACAAUGAUGAGAAACAUUUUACCUGUGGUGUUUGUAGUAAAGCUUUUAAACGAUUUAGUGAAUUACAUACACAUGUGAUAAUGCAUACUGAUAAUAAACCUUUUAACUGUGACGUGUGUGGUAAAGGUUUUGGUUAUCACCAUCACUUACAGUCACACAUGCGUAUACACACUGGAGACAAACCUUUUAAAUGUGACGUAUGUAGUAAAGGAUUUAGUCGAAGUGAUACCUUAAAGAGACAUAUGAAAACACAUACGUUUGAAAAACAUUAAUAAAUGUAUGUGGUGAAGUAUUUUGCCAACGACAAGAUUUACUAACACACUUGGAAUGCAUACUGGCGAAAAACCCUAUACAUGUAAACUAUGUAGUAAAUCUUUAAGUCAAAAUUUCAUUCAAAGGUACACACGAUAAUACACAUGGGCGAUAAACCUUUUAACUUGAUGUAUGCAGUAAACGGUUUAGUCAAAUUGAUACCUUACAGGGACAUACGAGAACACAUACAGAUUAACAACCUUAUAGAUGUGAUGUAUGUUAAAAAGCCUUAUGGAUGCAUAUGAGACCGAACUGAAAUAUCCUAAACAUGCGUUUUGGGACAUGAUGGUGUUUAGUGUUCAGUUACUGAUCUAAGUUUCUGAUUCUUAUAUACAAAUUAAUAAACGUCUGACUUUUCGAAUGUGAAACGUUCAAUUGGGAACCUAAAAUAGAUAAAUGAAAUCCUUAUUUAAGCCAUGAAAAACAAGAAAGCUAACUUUAAUUGGAAAUAUAGUGAAUUUUUUAAUGUUUGAUAAAAACAAAAUGUACAUGUUUGGUUUCUUCGUGUGUAUUGUUCCAGACAAAUUCAUUAAGGAGAUUGGAAGCUGUUGUUUUAAAUAUAUUUGCGAAAGUAAAAUUGACAAAGUAAGAAAACAAAACUCUUAUCGGCAAAUAUCAAAAAGGGGAGUUAUAAAUAAUUGAUUUUGAUAGCAAUUUUACAGCACUAAAAGCCUCAUGGGUUUCCAAAUUAAAUUCAAUCUCUCUGUCGAACUGAAAGAUUAUUCCUUCCAAAGAUUUAAAAAAUCUGGGAAAAAAUUAUCUUGUCUUUAACAUGAAUUUAGAUAAUGUUAAAUCACUAACAAAAUUGAAAAAAUAAAAGACUUUUAUUUGCAAGUAAUUUCUAGUUGGGUAAAACAGGGGGAUUUUAACAAAAUUUAAAGAUCAUUUUUUCAAUUAUCAGAAAACAGGGGAAUAGAUACAUUUUAAAAAAACAUUGCAUCAAAAGUUUGUUCUUUCAAAACUGGGAAGCUAGUGGAUUGUUAUAUAUUAACGACAUAUUGGAUCGUGAGGGAAAGUUAUCAGAGGUUUUUAUUUUAGAAAUAUUAAGCAAUAAGUAAAAUUUGAUUACUGAGUUUGAAAAAAUUAAAAUUCUCCAUCCCGAAGGAAUGGCAAUAAUUUCUGAUUAAAGAAAACUCUAUAAAAGAGUACAAUAAAUAUAAGAAAGGAUAAAAUGAGAUGGGGAAAUAAACAAAUACAAACAAAAGAUAUCUACAACUAUUUUUGACAGUUUAAGUUUUUGAAUUUUCAAGUCAUAUUAUGUUUCAGAGCAGUAAUUAAACUGCUUACAUGUAUAUGCAUUGUUUAUAAAGGAAUUAAGAAGGGUUAGGAAUGAAAGCAAAAUGAUUUCUUAAAAUGUAUGUUUCAUAAAUUAGAAGAAAUUGAUUUAACAGAAUAAUAAAUAUAUUUUUGUCAUAGUUUA